AUGGAGUUCCUCCUGGGGAACCCGUUCAGCACCCCGGUGGGGCAGUGCCUCGAAAAGGCAACAGAUGGCUCCCUGCAAAGCGAAGACUGGACGUUGAACAUGGAGAUCUGCGACAUUAUCAAUGAGACGGAGGAAGGGCCAAAGGACGCCAUUCGAGCCCUGAAGAAGCGGCUCAACGGGAACCGGAAUUACAGAGAAGUCAUGCUGGCGUUAACAGUGCUGGAGACAUGUGUGAAGAACUGUGGCCACCGCUUCCACAUCCUUGUGGCCAACCGAGAUUUCAUCGACAGCGUCCUGGUCAAAAUCAUCUCUCCCAAGAACAACCCUCCCACCAUUGUCCAGGACAAGGUGCUAGCUCUGAUCCAGGCGUGGGCUGAUGCCUUUCGAAGCAGUCCUGACCUCACCGGCGUUGUGCAUAUAUACGAGGAGCUGAAGAGGAAAGGGGUCGAGUUUCCCAUGGCAGACUUGGACGCUCUGUCUCCCAUACACACACCACAGCGGAGCGUCCCCGAAGUGGAUCCGGCCGCGACCAUGCCCAGGCCCCAGUCGCAGCAGAGGACGAGUGCCAGCUCCUAUUCCUCGCCUCCUCCUGCUCCCUACUCCGCUCCGCAGGCCCCGGCUUUGAGCGUGACUGGCCCCAUCACGGCCAAUUCAGAACAGAUUGCCAGGCUUCGGAGUGAACUGGACGUCGUUCGAGGAAACACAAAAGUCAUGUCUGAGAUGUUAACAGAGAUGGUCCCCGGGCAGGAGGAUUCGUCCGAUCUGGAGUUGCUGCAGGAGCUGAACAGGACCUGCCGGGCCAUGCAGCAGCGCAUCGUGGAACUCAUCUCCCGCGUGUCCAACGAGGAGGUCACCGAGGAGCUGCUGCACGUCAACGAUGACCUCAACAACGUCUUCCUCCGCUACGAGAGGUUCGAACGAUACAGGUCAGGCCGAUCAGUUCAAAAUGCCAGUAACGGAGUACUGAACGAAGUGACUGAAGACAACUUAAUAGACCUGGGGCCGGGGUCUCCAGCUGUGGUGAGCCCAAUGGUGGGGAACACGGCACCCCCAUCUUCUCUCUCCUCCCAGCUUGCAGGCUUGGACUUGGGGACAGAGAGCGUCAGUGGCACCCUCAGUUCACUCCAGCAGUGUAAUCCCCGUGAUGGCUUUGACAUGUUUGCCCAGACGAGAGGGAACUCCUUGGCCGAGCAACGCAAGACGGUAACCUACGAGGACCCCCAGGCUGUUGGAGGACUCGCUUCUGCACUAGAUAGUCGGAAACAGAGCUCCGAAGGGACUUUUCUGUCCUCGGCCCAGAAGAGAGGUAAAGGUGGGGACUCUGACCUGGAGCCCAUAGACAGCUGGCUCAUAACCCAAGGAAUGAUCCCCGUUGCGCAGCCCUCUGUCAUGGACGACAUUGAGGUGUGGCUCAGGACGGACCUGAAGGGCGACGACCUGGAAGAGGGCGUCACAAGUGAAGAAUUCGAUAAAUUCCUCGAAGAAAGAGCCAAAGCUGCUGAAAUGGUUCCCAACCUCCCCUCGCCCCCAGGGGAGGCCCCGGCCCCGGCCCCAGCCUCAAACCCCGCCGGUCGGAAGAAGCCUGAGCGGUCAGAGGAUGCCCUCUUUGCCCUGUGA